GAUCGGAAUACAAAGCCUAGUUGUCAACAAGCUUUUCCUGAAAAUCUCUUGGACAGUGAUCUGUUAAAACCUAGCAAGAUGUUCAGCAAAGUUGAUAGCACAAAAAAGAAUCAAUUCCUGGAGCAGACAAAAGCACUGAGGGAAGAAAGGGCCCAGGACAAACUGAAGCAUGAUGCAUCCAUUGUUAUACAAGCUGGUGCUCGAGGAUUUAUUACCAGGCGAAGAUUACACAGAGAGAUUUGUAAGGAGAUUGGGGAUGUGCUGCAAAUUCCACCAGAUCCUGGGGCUGAGUACAAACCGAGACUCAAACAAGCAUUGGAUGUAUACAAGGCAAUCCAGAAGUUUUUCUUCAUCUUUAACAAGGAUAAAGAUGCAGGGAAAUUUGAUUACCUGUGCAGAUACCUUUUAGCUUCCAUGGACAUUACUGCAGACAACAUGAAGGUUUGUUAUGUGUACCUGGUGUUGAACAAAGCUGUUGUCCUGCCAUGGAUUGCACAGAUCAAAGAAGUUUUAUGGAAGUGCUGCACUUUUCUCAAGAGCUUAAAGCCUGAGGUCCAUGCAGACAUGAAGAGAGUCAACCUAUAUCUAACAAUGCUGAUAACUUUUACCAGUGCAGGAGGCUGGAAGAUUCUCAAAGGAAAGCUAGGAGAGACUUUAACACCAGGAAUGAAUCAACUUUGUAACAAUAUUAUGGGCCAUCUGAACACCAAAGGAUUGUAUCCAGUCUUAAAGGGACUCUUAGCACAAGGAUUAUCAAGGACCAAGAUUCUAUUCAAUUCCGCUACCCUGUCAGCUAUUGUUAGCCUCUCUCUGAGGCCUUUGAUUGCUGCCAACUUCUCUGAUAAUCUGAUGACAGUGUUCGUCCUUCACAUCAUGUCUGUGCCAGCUCUUCUUCAUCAUGUGUCUGUCAACUCAGGGGAGUGCCUGAACCUCCUCAUUACUCAUCGUAUCUUCAGGCGUGCCUUGGACUUGCUGACCAAUGAACAGAGCACCAGGAUCAUCUUCAAUUCCUUGGAAGGAAGCUAUGCCCUCUGCCUCCUAGCAAACCUUGUUAAUUUAGGCAUGGCAGAACUUGAGGGACUGGUGGAAAAUACUCAAAGUUUUAUGUCUGUGGUAAUCCGCCUACUUGAGAGCUGCAAGAAAUAUGUGAUGAACAAGAAAUCCAACCUGACAAACUGGCAUCCUAUCAUUGGCUGGUUUUCACAUAAAUCAGAUGAGAGCUUAAAUGCAGCCAUGCCACACGUGAAAGAACAGAUUAAACUACUCUGGUCAGAGAAGAUGAUCAAGAUCUUAUUUUCUGACCUUUUGACCUAUGUUGAAGUGGAAAAGGAACAAGCAGCCACAAAGAAAGAACCCUCACCAUCAAAAAAUAUACUAAAGAAAGCUAUAGACAAGGCUUCCUCUAAAUCGUCUGCCACCAAGAUAAAGUUGGAGUGCCCCCUGGCAAAGACCACCUGUUACACAUGUGCUUUGUAUCAGAUCAUGAUGAACACACUCAGCCAGCUCAGGAUGGAUAUUUUGUCAGGUUUGAGUUACAACAAGAUCCUACUGCCGGCUCUGUGGAAGUUUCUGUGUGACCUUGGCCCUAACUGUGGUCUCAAGGUUUUCCUUGACCUUUUGACCCAGACACCCAACAGUGUCAUACACCCAGUCUUCAGCCUCCUGACUGUGUUCUGUGAGACCGCCGCCCAUUAUAUAGUAACACUGGAUGACAUGGAGAUGUAUGAACAACGUAGGAUGUUUACACUGGAGGAUUACAUCAAAAUGAGCAAAUUCCUCAAUCUGUUUGUGUACAAAGUGACAUGGAACAAUCUAAUUGAUCUGAAGAUUUUGGAGAAUGGAGAAUCUGAAGUAUACAAUGCUGCACACAAUCUCCUGCUCUUGUUGUAUGAGAGAGACUGUAGGCGGCCAUAUGCAGAAAAAGAUCACUGGCUUCACAGGGAUGUAAAGCCUAGUGUAUUCUUGAAGGAAACAGACAAAGACCGAGCUAUGGGGUUGUUGAUGAAAAAGACUCCCUUUAUCAUUCCAUUUUCAGAGAGAGUGAAAGCUUUUCGACUUCGAGUAAGAAUGGAGAAGGAGAGUUUGGGACUGACAGAAUCAGCGGCCAUCUCCCCCCAGUCCACACUGAUUACUGUCCAUAGAAGCCGGGUGGUGGAGGAUGGCUACAGACAACUCGCUCAGAUUCCAGUCCAAUCUAUGAAAGGAGUGAUUCGUGUCAAGUUUGUCAAUGAACAAGGCCUGGAUGAAGCAGGCAUUGACCAAGAUGGAGUCUUCAAGGAGUUUCUGGAGGAAACAAUAUCCAAAGUGUUUGAUCCUGCUCUCAGCUUGUUCAAGGUCACUACAGAACAGAAACUGUACCCCUCCUCCACAUCUUUUAUUCAAGAAAACCAUCUUUACUUGUUUGAUUUUGUUGGAAAGAUGUUGGCAAAAGCGGUUUAUGAAGGUAUAGUUGUUGAUGUGCCGUUUGCCCCGUUUUUCCUGACCCAGAUUCUGCAGCACAACCAGAGCACAAUGUACAGUCCCCUGGAUGAACUGCCAUCACUGGACCCGGAGCUAGCCAAAAAUCUCUCCUAUACCAAGCAUUAUGAGGGAGAUGUGAGUGACCUUGACCUGACCUUCUCCUGUGAUGAGGACUGUAUGGGGAGAUUAGAAACUCAUGAACUUGUACCUGGAGGGAAAGCAAUGCCAGUCACCAAUGAAAAUAAAAUCCUGUAUGUUCACUUGAUGGCACAUUUCCGAAUGUAUCGACAAAUCAAAGAGCAGACGGCAGCUUUCAGGAGAGGAUUCAGAUCUGUCAUCAAUCCAGAUUUGUUGCUAAUGUUCUCAGCUCCAGAAUUCCAGAAACUUAUAUCUGGAGAUAAUGCUGAUCUGGAUAUUCAAGAUCUCAGGCGUCACACCAGAUACUAUGGAGGUUAUCACAAUGGGCAUAAGGUCAUAAGCUGGCUGUGGGAUAUUGUCACCAAUGACUUCACUCCCCAAGAAAGGGCUUUGUUUCUUAAGUUUGUAACCAGUUGCUCUAAACCACCUUUAUUGGGGUUUGUCAACCUGGAACCACCAUUUUCUGUUCGCUGUGUGGAAGUCAGUGAUGAUCAGGAUACAGGAGACACAGUUGGGAGUGUUCUGAAAGGAUUCUUUAAUCUAAAGAAAAAAGACCCCAUUGGGCGCCUCCCAACUUCUUCAACAUGCUUCAACCUCCUGAAGCUGCCAAAUUAUCAGAAGAAAUCCACCCUCAGAGACAAAUUGAGAUAUGCAAUCUCCUCCAACACUGGGUUUGAACUCUCCUGAGUGUCUCCACACCCAAGUGCUAGUCACAUGUCAGUCAUUGACACAGAAUUCAGGCCUUGUUUUUCACCAGUUUGCAGCAUUGUUUAAAUCUUUCAUCUUGAUCUCUAGAGGAACAAAGUCAAAACAAAGAGAGUUGCAUGAAAGAUUUUAUUGUCAUUUAAUGGUCCAAUGUGAGCCGAAUGCUAAGAUUAUGCACUUUGUUUUUUGGUUUUUCAUGCUGCACAAUUUUAAUGUUGGCUAGAGCUUAAGCAUAAAGACCAAGAAGAGUGCUAUAACCAUAUGCCAAUGUAAACUGGUCAACUUUUCUGAAUGAAUAACUUAAAUAGCAUACGAAAGAAGAUUCAAAGUAAAAACGUCAAAGUUAAAAAUUGAAUUAUAAAGUUUUUUUCUACUUAUUUUCAAUUUACUGAGAAUUUCAACAAUAAGAUUCAGAAAACCAUCUCCAUUACUGGCGGUGAUGCAUGUUUUUACUAUGUGUACUUUGUUGUCUGUGAUAUCAUAUUAUCAUUGUCAGUAAAACUAUUUCUAACAGUGACUUAGAUGUAAUUGAAAAAUGUACAUGUAGCUGUACAGUUGCGAAUUAUUUAACAGAUACAAGCAACAUACCUACAUGUAUAGGUAUGAUUGUAAAGAACUGAACUGGACUACUGGUAGAUCAUUCAGAGUUACAGAAAAGACUCAGAAAUGAUAUGACUAUCAUAAACCUGGUUUCCAAAUUACUACAUGUAUAAAUUCAAUUUUUUACACAAGUACUAUGGAAUCAUUGUUCGUGGGGGACCAAUGUUCGUGGCUUUUGUGGGUAACCCUUGCACAUGAAUUUACAUCUCUUUGAACGUAAUUUAUACAAGCCUUUGUUUAGUGUUCAUUUACAAAAUAGAACUUGCUAAUGAAGAAAUUACGUCCCUACAAACCAGGAAAAUGUUGGCUACCCACGAACAUUGACCCAACAAAUAAAACUGAUUCCACAGUAUUCAUUAGGGGUAAUUUAGCAAUUCAGCCCUUGUAUCAAAUUUUGUGAAUGUAAAACCAUGAACACUUAAUUUUUAUCAUAGUUUCAUGGUUUACGUCUGUCAGAAAAAUUAAAGCAAUAUUUUUAAAUCCAGGAUUUUUGCAGUUAACUCAGAUAUUAAUUCCUCACGUAAAAAUCUACAGUAAAUUAUUGUUGUGGAAUUAAACAAAUGAGAUCUUACUUUGUGGUUCCAUUGUCUUUUUUUGUUGUUGUUGGAAAAUUGCAAUGUGUCAUAAGCAGUUGUCUUGCAUGUUACAUUCAGUGUCUUUAUAUGUACAUUGUAUAUAUUAUCAUUCUGUGGACCAAAAUGUUACAUUAAUUUAUAUACAGGUAGAAUCGUGUACAAUAUAUCUAAUACACAGAAACUUUGUUAAGUUUUAAUGUCAAUCAUUAUCUUUGCAUUUCAUAUUUUAGUUCAUCAAUUUGCUUGAUGUGUAAAUAAUUUUCCAUAAUUUUUAUUUCAUUUUCUAUUAUUAGUUAUAAUUUUAAAAGGUUCUCCAAGGAAACCCUGGUGGUGAGAAUUUACUAUAACCAUGAUAUAAACACUGCAAGCAUUUUCUCUCAAUUUUUGUGAAGCAUUUUUUCUUUUCUUGAAAUGCAUUUCUCCAAUUAAAGGGGCUAUAAAUUGAAGUUAUAUAAAGAGAACUCUUGAGCAUACUAUUUUGUUGUAUUAAGGUUUUUUUUCAUCUCGUUUUACAAUUUUUAAGACCAUAAAUGUUAUACAGAACUAGUAUUUAAUGAUGUGUCAAUAUCUUGUAUGAUGUGUUUACUAUUAUUGAAUAUAUAUGUUUUUCUGCCCUGAAGAUAACUACAGAAAACUUAAUUGUAUGUUUGUAAAGCUAAAAUGAGACCCAUGUAUCUAGUACAUGUAUAUAUACAUGAAGGUGGAAUAACACCUUGCUUUGAUACAGUAGAUUAUUACUGUGGAAUCAUUUAGAUUCACGGGAUCAAUUUUCGCGGACUGUGGGUUUUUUUACAUAUUCGUGGGAGUUUUAAUUCGUGGGUGCGUCUGUUUUUAGUUUCAAUAAGAAAGCUAACUUUUUAAAAUUUGUUUUCGUGGAGGAUGUAAAUUCGUGGGGGAAAGCUACUUAGGAAUACCACGAAAAUUAAGCCACCACGAAUUCCAAUGAUUCCACAUUAUUUACCACCAGUGUUUUGAUGGUCAUACAUUGUGCCUAGCCAUGUAGAAGUCUUGCAACAGAUUUUUUGUUAUUACUUAUUUAACAGUAUAUCUCUCAUCACAGUGUUUGUAGUAAUUUGUAUCACCCUACCCUUGUUGUCUUUCAGUGAGAACAAAAAAUAAAAAUGUAACACAGGUAGACUCUGGUUCAUUUUUAGGUCACCUGAGUCACUCAGGUGACCUAUUGCAAUUGGUCUUCGUCCGUCGUCGUGCGUUGUGCGUCGUGCGUUGUGCGUCGUGCGUUAACAAUUUUACAAUUUUAACUUCUUCUUGAAAACUACCAGGUCAAUCGUUACCAUUUUUGGUGUGAAGCAUCUCUAUGGUAAGAAGAAUCUAAAUUGUGAAAUUCAUGGCUCUACCACCCCUGGGGUGCCACGGGCGGGGCCAAAUAUGCAAAAAAAGCCAAAUUUUCAAAAAUC